GCGGCCGCGGAGGGGCGCCGGCGGGCGGCCGCUGGGGGUGGCGGGAUAGGCUGGGCGCGGCCGGCGGUGCGGGCCCGCUGCUGCUGUCCAGGUCUCGGCGGCCCCCCGAGGGCCCUCCGUCCCUCCGGCGCCAUGGGCAAUUGCCACACGGUGGGGCCCAACGAGGCGCUGGUGGUUUCAGGGGGCUGUUGUGGUUCCGACUAUAAACAGUAUGUGUUUGGCGGCUGGGCCUGGGCCUGGUGGUGUAUCUCCGACACUCAGAGACUGUCUCUGGAGGUUAUGACCAUCCUGUGUCGCUGUGAGAAUAUUGAGACGUCGGAGGGGGUCCCGCUAUUCGUAACAGGGGUUGCACAGGAUUUCCCUAGAGAUUAUGACGUUGCAGCCCCGCUGCGAGGACGUAGAGACGGCCGAGGGGGUAGCUUUAACUGUGACGGGUGUCGCCCAGGCCUCUGGCGAGGGGGUUGUUGGCUGAGUACCUUGGGAAAGAAAGACAAGAGGAUGCCCACACUCGGUGGCGGACCCCGGACCUGUCUCCUGCCCUUUCCCGGCUCUUUCCUACUCUGUCUGUGCCCCUGUUGCUCACUCUCCUAUUUGCAGAGACCUGCAGGUUAAAGGGGAGAGAGUGGGCUGGAGGGGUGGAGGGAGCCACAGAUGCCCAGGGGUGCGGCCAUGGCAGGCCUGGGCGCCAGGAAGGUGCAAUUCCUUCGUAUAAGAGCUCCCUGAGGUUUUCUCCCCACUGGAGGCCUCAGACAGACUCCAUCUCCCAGCCCCUAGGCCUCCGGUCUGGAAAAGGAGGGGAGGGCGCAGCCACCAUCCCCCAUGCCUCUGGGUCUGGGGCCUCCGUCUGCCGCCCCCCAGCCUGACUCGCACCUCUGUGACCCCCGGCAGGUGAAGAUCAUGACAGAGAAGGAGCUCCUGGCCGUGGCCUGCGAGCAGUUCCUGGGCAAGAACGUGCAGGACAUCAAGAAUGUCGUCCUGCAGACCCUGGAGGGGCACCUGCGCUCCAUCCUCGGAACCCUGACGGUGGAGCAGAUUUAUCAGGACCGGGACCAGUUUGCCAAGCUGGUGCGGGAGGUGGCAGCCCCUGACGUCGGCCGCAUGGGCAUCGAGAUUCUCAGCUUUACCAUCAAGGACGUAUAUGACAAAGUGGACUAUCUGAGCUCCCUGGGCAAGACGCAGACUGCGGUGGUGCAGAGAGAUGCUGACAUCGGGGUGGCCGAGGCCGAGCGAGACGCGGGCAUCCGGGAAGCCGAGUGCAAGAAGGAGAUGCUGGACGUGAAGUUCAUGGCAGACACGAAGAUCGCCGACUCCAAGCGGGCCUUCGAGCUGCAGAAGUCGGCCUUCAGUGAGGAGGUCAACAUCAAGACAGCUGAGGCCCAGCUGGCCUAUGAGCUCCAAGGGGCCCGCGAGCAGCAGAAGAUCCGGCAGGAAGAGAUCGAGAUUGAGGUCGUGCAGCGCAAGAAGCAGAUUGCGGUGGAGGCGCAGGAGAUCCUGCGCACAGACAAGGAGCUCAUCGCCACGGUGCACCGCCCCGCCGAGGCUGAGGCCCACCGCAUACAGCAGAUCGCCGAGGGCGAGAAGGUGAAGCAGGUCCUCUUAGCACAGGCAGAGGCUGAGAAGAUCCGCAAAAUUGGAGAGGCGGAGGCAGCGGUCAUUGAAGCGAUGGGCAAGGCAGAGGCUGAGCGGAUGAAACUCAAGGCUGAGGCCUACCAGAAAUACGGGGACGCGGCCAAGAUGGCCUUGGUGCUGGAGGCCCUGCCCCAGAUCGCUGCCAAAAUCUCCGCCCCACUGACCAAAGUCGAUGAGAUUGUGGUCCUCAGCGGGGACAACAGCACGGUGACAUCAGAAGUGAACCGACUGCUGGCCGAGCUGCCUGCCUCUGUGCACGCCCUCACUGGCGUGGACCUUUCUAAGAUACCACUGGUCAAGAAGGCCACCGGGGCGCAGGUGUGAGGUCCCGAAGGCUCACGCCCUUCAGCAGCCACCGCCCCCCCCUCCAGCACCCGUUUUAAUACCACAGGGACAACGGGAACGUUACUGACUCUGGUGCCUUAUUUUGUAGGGACCAGAAGUGCUGCGUGUUCAGGCCUCUGGCUGUCUUCCCUUCUCCCCUGUCUCUGUCUCCUUCCUCUUCUCCACCCACACCCCCACUUUCACUGCCACAUUCGUCUGGUUUGUCUCUUCCACCAUCACCUCCCUGCACGUCUCUUCCUUUGUCUGUCUGUCUUUUUCUCUCCCUCUCUCCUCCCUCCUUCUACACACGUCCUGUAGUUUCAACUGAAGAUGUCUAUUACAAUCACUGUCUGUCUGUCAGGGGUGGCCCUGCUGCCCCUCAGAAUCCUGGUGCCUUGAAGUUUUCUGUGCAUCUGUCCGUUCCCCCUGUGGCCCAGGCCAGAGCUUCAGCAUGGGUGCAGGGGGUCUGGGUAGGGCGACCAUCCUGCCCCGCUCCUGGCCUGGUCUUCCCAGCCCUCACCCUGUCCCCAGGAAGCCCCCAGCCUCACCCACGCCGGCCCCUCUCAGCCCAGGCAGCUAUGGCUGCAGGCCCAGGGCCAUUGCCCUUCUCUAACCCCUGCCCGGCCCCAGGCCUGCUCUCAUACCUUAGCUCUCUCCCCCCGCCCAGGGGCACAGAGGCAAGGCCUCCUGUGUAUAGCAGCUCCCUCAGUUUACUACUGCCUUAGGAGGCCCCUGCUUGUGCUCAGGGAAGUCCCCUUCCUGGACAUGUCCCUACCAGGUGGAGGGGGGCUUGGUCCCAACUCUGCUACCCCUUUUCUGGGAUCAGGAUCUAGCCCUUCUGGGACUGGAAAGCGUGUAGACCCUCUUCCUGCUAGGGCUGUGCUGUCCUGGGUUUUGGGCCGGGUCCUUCCCAGGGCAAAGUUCCGCCACCCCUGUACAGAAUCGAGUGCGGCAGACUGGCCAGACUCCAUACCCCUGUGCCAUCGUUCUUCCUGGCCAGGGUGAUAGGGUUCCAGCCAUGGGGAAGCAGCCCCGUCCUCUGUCUCCUUGCUGCAGUGGAGGCAGAAGAGCUCAGGGCCCAAGCAUCCUGGCAGGGUCCCAGCCCCCCACCCCUUGCCCCAGCCUGUGUAGCUGUUCGUGCAUGUGGAUGCUGCAUGUCUGGUCUGGGGCUUGGAUGCUGCACUGCCCCGCUGCCUGUCCCUUCUGGUAAAAUAAAUAUCUGGUCAUGCCCCCA